AUGACGACUGCUUUUCAAAUAACCUUCAGACCUAUUUUAAUUUUAUGCAAGUGUAUAGGCUUAAUUCAUAUUUCAUUUACUGUGGAACCGACUGGAUUUUUGGUUCAAAGUAGAACUUUAACGUUUGACGUAUUUCUAGAAAUAGCACGGAUGGUUGUUUUAUUAAUUUUCACUUAUUUAUAUGUUCAUCAGUUCAAACAAGAUUGGUUUGUACUUCAAAUAUUACAUAUAUUUAAAUUUUGGAUUAUCAUUAUCGCAGCCAGACUAUCAACGAAAUGGAUUAUCAGAUUUAUUAAUGGAAUUAUAGAGUUUGAUCGAAAAACUAUACCACUCUCAACAAACUUGGUGACCCCACAGCGUUCAUGGACAAAAAAACAUUGGAAUACGAUUUUUAUAUCAUUAUUUGGAUACUUUAUUGGAUUAAAGAUUUUAUAUUAUUAUUGUCUACCCAUUCAUCUAGAAAACAUAGUGGUAUUGACAACCCAUGCAAUAUUCAGUAUACCAUUUGUAAUGGAUUAUGCAGUUACGGUCUCAUCAUGUUUUUUUCUUCAAAACUUAUAUGUCAGAUUCCAAAUGUUAAACGAUAUUUGGAAUUGUCUUCCUGCCGACUUAGAAGCUACUUCCGGCCAAUGGACACACAUCAAAAUAGUGGAUUUGAUGGAAAAUACGCGGCUGUUACACUCCGAACUCUGUGAUUUGCUAAAAAUGUUUACUCUUGGUUACGGUCCAUUGCUUUUGGGGUUAUUCACAACCAGCUAUAUAAAUUUGAUUAUUGGUUUUUAUUUUAUUGUCAACAGUGAAGUAUUUCCUAAUUUUCAUUCAACCAAAAGUAACUGGGUAAGAUUAUUACCUCUAAUAGUCCACGUACAAAUUGUCACGUUCUUGAUGUCCAUUAUCGUUUUCGUCUCAUCCAUAAAUGAGAAGAGAUUGAAGAUGAUAUCAUACCUACGGUUAUACCGAAUUUCAAAUUUACACUUGGACAAAAAACGACAAAUCAAAAUGUUUUUGAAUCAAAUAUCAGUUUGCGAUUCGGACCAAAUUUCGGCAUUUGGGUUUUUUAAUAUAAAUUUGAAUCUCGUUACAUCAAUCCUCGUAUUAUUGGUUAGUGGAAUAAUCACAUUGAUACAGAUGAAGGAUCACCCAAUGAUGUUGAAAUUAAACAAUGACACUAAAUCCUUCUUGAGUCAA